UGUGAGAAGUACAACCAUGAGUAGUGUUUGCAAGUGGACAAUAAUUGGACUGGAGAGGGGUUUAAAACAGGUCUCCUAAUGUGUGCUCUUUCUAAUACACAGAAACGACCGAAUGGACUUCGAAAGAGCUCCAGGCACAUGGAUCCAGGUUUGCCAAAAAUGCAAGUAAUUAGAAACUAUAGUGGGGUACCACAGCCAGCUCCGCAUGAUGGCCCUCCGCUACAUAUCCAGAUUGGAGACAUCAUUGAACUCAUCAAAGGAGAUGCACAUAGCUUAUUUUGGCAGGGUAGAAAUUUGGUGACUCGGGAGCUUGGUUUCUUUCCAAGUGAUGCUGUAAAACCAUGUCCAUGUGUUCCUAAACCUGUGGACUAUUCAUCCCAACCGUGGUAUGCAGGAACAAUGGAAAGGUUGCAAGCUGAGACUGAACUUAUUAACCGGGUAAAUAGCACUUAUUUAGUGCGUUGUAGGACGAAAGAAUCAGGAGAAUAUGCCAUUAGCAUUAAGUACAAUAAUGAAGUGAAGCACAUCAGGAUUUUCACAAGAGAAUGUUUUUUUCACAUUGCGGAAAAUAGGAAAUUUAGAAGUUUAAUGGAACUUGUGGAGUAUUAUAAGCAUCAUUCCCUCAAAGAAGGCUUCAGAAGUUUGGAUACAACUCUCCAGUACCCAUACAAGGAAUGUGAAAAUUUGUUGGACCAAAGGAGUAACAGAGCAAGUAGCAAUUUGCUGAGUCCCAAAGUCCUUGGUAUAGCUAUUGCCCGCUAUGACUUCUGUGCAAGAGACAUGCGUGAGUUGUCCCUACUCAAAGGAGAUGUCGUCAAAAUUUACACAAAGAUUAGUGCCAAUGGUUGGUGGAGAGGUGAAGCGAAUGGAAGGGUGGGUUGGUUUCCAUCUACCUACGUAGAAGAGGAUGAAUGACUUGCAGAUCUAGUUGGUACUUUUGAUGAUAAACUUCAGGGACGAUGAAAUCCAGCCAUCUGCAAAGCAUUAUUUGUCUUCUUAAGUAUUUGAAAGGCAGUGCUUCUGUCUGUUGAAAUCCUCAAGUCUUAACACUGGGAUUACUGAAGACGUUUGUGUUGACAGAUUAAUAUCUCACUCAGAGCUGUGCAAAGAAGCAACCUGUCCACAUGCCAUCACUGGGGACCAGUACAAAACUCUAACCUCUCUUUCCUGAAAUAUCACUUACAAACAGACUUUUUUAAAAACUUCAUUUCAUUCCAUCCAGAAUGAAUACUAAGUAUCAGCAGCAAUUUACUUCUUUCUUUCUUUCUUUCUUUCUUUCUUUCUUUCUUUCUUUCUUUCUUUCUCUCCCCACCCUCUCCUGUUACCUAACACUCGGAGCCUAAUCUGUCCUUGCUUAUCACUGCAUGGCGGUGGGGGAAAGCAUUCCAAUAGUCAUGUGGCCAAUAUUAUUUGACCUGAAAUCCCCAGCAGCACUAAUUAACCUUGCCAAUAACUUCUCAUUCACUAAGGCUACAAUCUCUAAACACAAUUUCUCGGGCUAAGCUAAACUCGACAUUAUUUUCGCAUGCCAUUUGUGUGUGUAGGGGUGUGGAUACAAACAAAUAUAGAGUCCAAGAGUUUUAUUGAAAAUGAUUUGUGAAAGAACAAACUUGAAAAGGUGCAUUCUUUCUUAGCAUAUGGCUGAGUCAAAAAAAAGUAAUUUACAAUUGCAGGUCUCUAAUUUAGGAUAUUUCUUAAAAGACAAUAGCUUUUAAAACACACCCAUGUAUUGUGCCAAAUGCUGUGUAUUUAGGAGAUGUACUCUGUUUUCAUAGAGCACAAUUUUUUAUUUAGUUCCCUAGCCAUUACUAAACUUCUACUAAUGUGCAAGAUAUGCUCCCCCUCCCAUUUUCUUAUUCAGCUCAGUGGGUCUAGAGGCUGGAUAAAGUAGUGUUGUGUAUUUGUUUAAACAAGGUCAUGUUGUUAAAUACAAAAAGCAAGUCAAAUGACUAAUGUUGCACAUGCACACACCCCUCCCUGAAAAUGAGCUGCAUUCUAUUUCUUAGACAAAUGGUCAUUUUCUCUGGCUUUUAUCACUGAGCAAAGUCAAUUACUCUUUUAUCACUACCAAAAAUAAUUUCACCUGCAAUUUUCACUUUCUCAGGCUAUCAAGACAAAUUAGGAAGCGCCUUGCAAUUUCUGGGACACGAACAGACUUUAUGUUCCAUGCCUCUGUUUUGUCAUGCAGAACAUAGUUACAGAAUACUUUGUUUGAGCACAUAAUUAUAGAAUAUUACAUUCUUACAAGAUUUUGAACAGUAGUGAAGAGCUUGCAGGCAACCCAUCAGCCCAUCAAGUAACACCUCACAAAAAAAAAAGCAUAGGAAGGGAAUCCAGUGGGUCUCAGGCAUAAGUCUCUACAGGCACACUUGAAUUUGUGAGGAGACAAAUUCCAGUACCUACUUCCCUUUGACUUUAUUGAACAUUAAAUAAUUUAAUUUAUUGAAUACAUUAUUUUUAUGGGACCAAAUGCAGGCAUUCAUAAGUGGUUCCAGAUAUGUAUUUAAUAAAGUGGCCUGUCCUUAAAUGUUAGUCUUAGGGAAGAUUUCUUGGUGUUUUUUCUGUAGCGACUAAGUUUGUCUGGUGAACUUGAUGUUAAUAGGCAAAAUAGCUUUUUCAGGAGCUAUUGCCUGUUUCUUUUGUUCAUAGAGCUUUUCUCUAGGUCUGUGAAUUAUAUUGUGCUGUAUCAUCAGUGUUUAUAUGUGAGGAGAAAAUUGGCUGAAAAAUAACCAUUAAGAAAUGUAUCCUUUCAGCAGAACAUUUUGAUCAAUAGUUUAGAUAUCCUAAGAUCGCUGUUUAAUCGUUAACUUUUGCAACUCAGGGGCUAAUGGAAGUUGGAGAAGUCAAGCCAUAUCUAAACGCCUUCCUCUUUCUGUUUAUAUUCAGGCACUCUACCCCACCCCAUGAAGAGAGUUAGGUAGCUAGUUUACAACCUGGAGAUUCUGUCUUUGUUUACCACCUGUAGUAAAAAAGUGGCUUGCUGCAGCUUUCACUUACCCUAUGCCUUGUCCCACUUCAUAACUUCUCCUUCUGCCUGUUACAACAAUACCUUUUUCUGAACCAAUGGAGACAGGAGGAAAUGUGGAAGCUGGUCCAAAGCCUUUUACUGUCAUGUUAUGGUUAAUGGAUAGGCAAGAUCUCUAGGUUGUGACUGGCAAUCCAAUAUGAAUCCCUUGGCAUAGGUGGAUUUCUUUCUGAGGAAGGGGAUGGGGGACUUCACUCAUACUGGAUGCCCUUCUAUGAACUGGAUCCGGGUGAGGAUUAUGCUGUCUGUUGUCUUUGUUUCAUGCCCUGUGUUGAAUAAGUUAAAUGCUGCAUCAUGUAAUAUUUCAAAUACCAAAGAUUUAUUGUGCCAGCGCCAUUGCUUCUUUUCUUCUUCUUCUUCUUGCAAUGUUCUCCCCUUUCUCUGUCAGAUCUUAUCCCCAAGCAGUAAGGUAGGGCACUACUUUAAUUUGUAAUAUUUUGUAAAUAUGUGAAUAUAUUAAUAAAAUGGUCAAUUUCUUGUUUAA